AUGGCUAUAAUGAUGAGUGAGCUAAAGAAUGUGCUGACAUGGACAACAGAAGACCUGAAUGCUGUUCUAAUGAAAGGAGAUGAGCUGUACACAUGUAUGCGACUGCAGGGGAAGAUCAAUGAUGACACAGGCCGAGGACAUGUUUCUAUUGCUGAAUUGCCAACUGUGCACACACUAAAACAAGUUAUUGAAUGUAUAAGAGAUUGCUAUGAACAAAAAGGACACAAAAUAGCUGAUUUAAGCAAAAGAUGUAUUACACUCAAGUAUUUACAUGCAUGUAACAAUGAAUGUAAGUCUAAUUGUUAUUUAUCUGGCAAUUUGUCAUGUAAAUUGUGGAUUUGCUAUACAUGCCAUCGAAAAAUCCUUAGAGGAAAACUACCUGAAGAGAGUGUUACCAACAAUAUGCAUUUGGUGGAGAUUCCAAAAGAAUUAAAAUGUUUAAAUUCAUUGGAACAACAUCUAAUAGCACUCAACAUUCCUUUCUUACGUCUUCUUUGUCUGCCUCGGGGUCAACAGAGAGGUGUUCAUGGGCCUGUUGUUUGUGUUCCAGUAAAUACUACAAAGAUGACCAACAUUCUUCCACGAAAUGAAUGUAAUGACCAUAUGAUAAAGAUUAAACUGAAACGAAAAUUAACAUACAAAAGCCAUUAUGAAUAUAAAUAUGUCCACACAGAUCAUGUAAGAAAUGCUUUAUGGUAUCUGGUAAAACAAAAUAAAUUUUAUAAUGAUGUGGAGUUUAAUGAGCAGUGGGUCAACUCAUUGAGUGAGCCAGAUGAUAUUCAAAGUAAUGCUAAUGAUGAAAUGGAUGAUGAUGAUAAUGUAUCAGAUAAAAGUGGUGAUGAAGUUGAAGAAGGUGAAGAAUUGGAAAUUCAGCCAGAAGAAGAUUUAAGUUUUAUUAAAGAGCAAAAUGGUCUUUUGUCAGACACAUCAGUACAGCCUGUUGAUAUUGGUUCAGAAGUUAUUGAUCAGCAUUUUCAUGAUGUACUAAAUGUAGCACCAGCUGAAGAAAAUGCUCCAAAGCUUGAUGAUGAAGCUAAUGAUCCUGUGGUUGCUGAUUUCAUUGACACAUAUAUCACCUGUGAGACACCACCAGAGCAAGACACUGAACUCUUUGAAACAGUAAACAGUGUGCAGAAGCACAAAAUGAAAAGCAAAUUGAUCAAGAACUCUUAUGAGGGCAUGGCAUGCAGGGUGGUUCGUGAAGGACAGCUAAGAAAGAGCUUCCAGGUAAAGACAGGGGUGAGGCAGGGCUGUCACCGUUUCUGUUCCUCUUGA